CAACCAAAAAUUACCUAAUAAACAAUGGAUAAAAUUCCUGAAAUUGAAAUACGACUCGCAGUCGAUCGUACUGAAAUGAAUUUUCUCGCACGAGAUAAUAUUCACCAGAAAAUUUAUACUCCCGGCGAAAAAAUUACCACUCAGUCAGACUAUUUAAGAGGUCAUGGAACAUAUGUGGAUGAAGAUGAGCGUUUAAGAGCAUCAGUAGCUGGAGUUUUAGAGAAAGUUAAUAAAUUAAUAUCUGUAAGACCUCUUAAAGCCAGAUAUCAAGGAGAAAUAGGGGAUGUAGUUGUUGGUAGGAUUACUGAAGUUCGACAAAGUCGAUGGAAAGUGGAUACAAACUGCAAAUUGGAUUCAGUUUUAUUAUUAUCUAGUAUUAACCUCCCUGGAGGAGAGCUGAGACGAAGGUCAGCAGAAGAUGAACAGACAAUGCGUCGUUAUUUACAAGAAGGUGAUCUAAUAUGUGCAGAAGUGCAAAGUUCAUAUCAAGAUGGAUCUCUAUCUCUUCAUACACGCGUUCUAAAAUAUGGAAAAUUGUCUCAAGGAAUCAUGAUCAAAGUUCCACCAGCUUUGAUCAAAAGAAAGAAAACUCAUUUUCAUCAUCUGACCAAUGGUGCAACACUUAUACUAGGAAAUAAUGGCUAUGUAUGGGUUGGAGCUUCUAGUAGUAGUACUGAUCGAUCGGAAGGUGGAUUCACGCAGGACUUGAGUCAAGUGUCUGAUGAAGAUUUAGAAAUUUGCGCAAGGUUGCGAAAUUGUAUCUUAAUUUUAGCUAAGUUUAAUAUUCUUUUAACAGACACUUCUGUCACUUAUGCAUACGAAGAGUCUACUAAAUACAAAGCUUUUGAGUUAUUACAGCCAGAAGUUAUGGUUGAUGUGGCACUUAUGACGCAUCAUCGGUUGAAUCAAAAACGUGAAGAAAAGUGUUUUAUAAUGUCUUUACCAGUCGACAUGGAUGCUUGUUUUACUGCAUUCGAUAGGGAUGCUGAUGGCUUUCUAUCGAUUGACGAAUUUGAAUUAAUAUGCCGGGCACUCUUUCGGAAUGAUCGAGGCAAAGUUUAUAACAUAGAAGAAAAUCAAUUAAAAGAGAUCUUCGAUAUUUUUGAUACCAAAAAUGAUGGAUUUCUGGAUCGAGAAGAAUUUGAGGUAUGUUGGAACCGGUGGAUAAAAAUAUGUACAAGGCCUAAAAGUGCUUUCCUCAUUGUUGAUGUUCAAAACGACUUUAUAUCAGGAUCGCUGAAUAUAAAGAAUUGUGCUGCUCAACAUGACGGUUCAGAAGUAAUUGAACCAAUAAAUCGGUUACUUGAUACCGUGACUUUCGAUGCUGUCUUCUAUUCCCUGGACUGGCACCCUGUUGAUCACGUUUCUUUCAUUGAUAAUUUGCACUUGAGAGAAGUGGAUGAGUCAAGUCCAAUAUCAAAAGAUGAUGCUAAAGUAUACGACACAGUGACAUUUAAAGGUCCUCCACUAUUGAAACAACGUCUGUGGCCUCGUCAUUGUGUUCAAGAUUCCUGGGGAGCUGAGCUUCAUAAAGAUUUAAAAGUUAUUGAUAAAGCUAUUAAAAUUUAUAAAGGUACUAAUCCAGACGUUGACUCCUAUUCUGUCUUCUGGGAUAAUAAAAAAUUGACUGAAACUACUUUGUCUUCGCAACUUCAAGAUAAAGGAGCUACUGACAUUUACGUUUGCGGACUUGCAUAUGAUGUUUGCGUAGGUGCUACUGCUUUUGAUGCUUUAACCAGUGGAUAUCGUACUAUUCUCAUUGAUGAUUGCAGUCGGGGGGUUGAUUUAGUUGACAUUGAAAAAACAAAAUCGUCAGUUAUUGCUAGUAAUGGUGUUAUUGUUAAUUCAAGUCAGGUAAAAGCUAUGGUUGAGGGUAGAGAUAGGAGACCAGAACUUGGAUAUAAGCUUGCCUGUGAAAUAAAAAAGUCUCUCAAAAAAAUGAAUAUAGACAACAAAUAUUGAAUAAUUAGUUUGAUAAGAAUUUAGUGAUAAAGUAAUAUUUAGAUGCUUGUACAGCUUUGUAUAGCAUAACUUCAUAGAAAGUUAAAUUUAUCAACAAGAUGGUCAAUUAUUUAAUUAGAUGUUGUUAAGAAAAAUAAUUAAUGUUAAUAACAAUGUUGAACAUAUUUAAAUAAGUACUUAAUUGAGGCUAGUUGAGUUAUUACUGUUUAAUGAUAUUUUUUGUCA